AUGGGAACGCGUGAAUGCAUCAGCUCUUGUGACAACAUCCUUAAUUCGGCGGACACGGCUUUCUAUUCAAGUAUCACGGGACUGACAGUUACUUCAUUCACAUCAUCCUCUGUCGUGUUGAGAACGAUAAUUGCGCCACCCGUCUGCGAUGCGUCUGGGGCCAUCGACAACGGCGCUCCCGGCUCAGGCUGUACCUCUACCCUCGCGGACGGCGCAUCGUGCACCCCAACGUGCAACUCCGGCUACACUCUCUCUGGGACCAGGUCGUGCACAGACGGCACCCUCAGCGACACCGCCGUGUGCAACGCCAACCCGUGCGACGCAUCCGGCGCCAUCUCCAACGGCGCUGCUGGACCGGGCUGCACCUCCACCCUUGCACAUGGAUCGUCGUGCACGCCAAACUGCAACACCGGGUACACCUUAUCAGGACAAAGGUCGUGCAGCGUCGGCACCCUCAGCGACACCACUGUGUGCAACCCCAACGAUUGCGCUGCCUCCUCGGACUCGACCAAGGACGGGAGCGACGGCGCACUCCACUGCUCAGCGGAAUACGGCACAAUCGGCGGUACUACCGGCUCAUGCACGUGCACAUGUAAAGCAGGUUAUGGAGGAAGCGGAUGCGAGACCGCCGGCGCAUGCAGCGCCUCGGAGGACUCGAGCAAGGAUGGAAGCGACGGUACCAUACACUGCGUCAACAACCGCGGCACCGUCAGCGGAUCAGCGGGAUCUUGCAAAUGUGAGUGCAAGCCCGGUUACGAGGGAAGUGGCUGCGAGACGGCCAGUGCGUGCACUGCCUCCUCAAACUCAACCAAGGAUGGAAGCGACGGCACACUCCACUGCUCAGCACAAUACGGCACAAUCGGCGGAACCACCGGGUCAUGCACGUGCACAUGUAAAGCAGGUUAUGGGGGAAGCGGGUGCGAGACUGCCGGCGCUUGUUCCGCUUCCUCAAAUUCGACUAAGGAUGGGAGCGAUGGUAUUUUGUACUGUAUCAACGGCGGCACCGUCAGCGGGAGUGCUGGGUCUUGCAAGUGCACGUGCAAAUCCGGGUACAAGGGUUCGAGCUGCGAGACUGCUAUCAACUGCACAACCGCGCAGUAUUUCGACGGCAGUGCAUGCCAAGCCUGCCCCAUCUUCUCGAGCAGCACGGGCGGAACCUCGACAUCAUGCACGUGCGCAGCCAACACUUUCGCGUCCAAAAGUGGAAACACUUGGUCCUGUGCGAACUGCACGGUCGGCGCCACCAAGGAGGCCGGCUCGGUAGUCCCUGGAACUGGAGGUGGGGAAAAGGAAAAGGACGUGUGUACAGCUUCCCCGACUCCCCCGACUGAGACGGAGAAGGAAAAAGCCGAAAAGACUCGUGAUACCAUGCUCAGUGGCAUCAAGAAUGAGAAGAUGAAGAAAAAAGCCAAGCUACUUGCCGACGCCGCCACCACCGGGAAGAAGGUGAGAAAGAUGUCCACCAAGCUCACGGCCCCGGACGAGAACACCGCCUGUUCGGACUACUAUGCAAAGGCGGGGAUCUCAAGCUCACUCGGCGCGUGCAUCGCGACGGUGGCAUCCAGGCGGCGAGGCCGCGCGCUCACGGCGAUGACGUACGAUGUCUCGGUGUUUUUCAGCGACGCCGAGGUUGAUGACUCGACGCUAACAGCCGCCAAGAACGCUCUAAAGGCGGAAGGCAUUUCUGUCGAGGUGAACGAUGUCGAUCCCAUCGUCGAGCUCGGCACGAUCGAAGGUGUGGACUCAAGCACACUGGAGACAUUCAAGGCACAGGCGACCGCUGCUGCUGCGACGAUGCCCCCCUCGCCGCCUCCACCCCCCGUCUCUUCGCCGCCACCGCCGCCUCCACCACCCAAUCUCAUCAAAGAUGAUGAUGACGCAGCUGCCACGCCGCGUGAUUUCCUCGGCACUAUACUACUUGCGUGCGUGACUCUUCUCUUGUUCUAGCGAGCUUGCGGCAGUGAAGUGGAGAUCAGAAUGAUACG